UCCAUACUUUUGUGUAUGCUAUAAAAUGCCACACCUUUGGGGGGGAUUGAGCGAUUGUACGAAUUGAAAGGCCUCUCUGUUCCCUUUCCCUCUUUUUCAUGCAACGUACAAUUAUUUGUGAAUUAAGUGCAAUGAGUACAAUUGAACAAAAACAUAUAAAUACAGAAGACCGCCUGCAUUCCUUUAAUCAAUGAAAUAAAACACCAAGGCGCUAGGGGGCGCUAGGGGGAUGCGUAUUGGAAGGCCACUCUUUAAAAGCUCUCGUUGGCGCAGGCGCCUUCGUGUUGUUUUGCGGGUUGUCAUGGGCAGCGGACAUCUGGAAAGGCGAGGCAACACUGAGGAUGAGCGAGUCGCUAAUUCGCCUGCGAAACCUAUCGACCUAUCCCUGGAUUAUUAUUCCGAGCAUCGGUGAUGGUCCGAGGAACACAAAGGGGGAUCAUAUCUGUCCAGUGCGGUUAGCGGUGUUAGUGCGUAGUGAGGCUAUUUAAUCACGACAGUUGUUAUUGGCUAGCUAAGAUAGACCUUCCUCACGUUAGACAAUACACAUCCACAUUGUAGCUUUCAGAAAACCACAUGAUACAACAAUGACCCUAAUCCAAAGUAGCGAACGUUAGUGCAUUACAGUCGGUGCAUUUAUUAUUAUUAUUAAACCAGUCAGUGCAUAACAGUGGAACAUUGUCAGGAUGGGAGAACCUCAGGAAGAUGUAGCACAAGAGGAGGAGGAGGAAGGAGGAGACUUCGGUGGUAGCGGCGAUGCCUCUUCGCCCUACGUGCCCCCGUACCGUCCCACCCUGCCUGCCCGGGAACGACUCCAUAUCCAGAAGAGCAAUGUGUGCUCUCGGGCCUAUUUCGUCGUGGUCAUGGUCUUCUUCCAUGUCUACAUUUUAAAUGUCAUUGCGCUCCUCCUCUACGUCCACUACAACAACGGCCCGGGUGAUCUUGCUAGUGUAGACGGGUCUCCCACGGAGACCGUUGCCGAGGAUGGAAGCCCCUUGCCCCAUGCUGCCCCCCCGGACCAAGUCCUCGAAAUGAACAAAUACCGCCAAAGUUACAGUCUCCCCCGCAUUGAAGGAAUACGAGUUGGCCAUGUUCAACGUGUGUCUCUUAUGCCUGAGAAAACUCAUGAGAUGAAAACUCUCAGCCUGAAGCCUCUGCUCUUUGAGAUCCCUGGCUUCCUGUCUGAGGAGGAGUGCCGCGUGGUGGUGCAGUUGGCUCAGCUCAAGGGCCUGACGGAGAGCCAGACAACCGCCUCCUGUGGCGGGGAGCAGCAGGAGCCAGGCCAGCCCCUCCUGGUUCUCACCACCGACGAGGUCUUCAGCCUGCUGGACCUGGACCAGGACGGGCUGCUGCAGAAGCAGGAAAUUGUAAGUCACUCCCGCUCUCAAGACGGGACUUGGCUGAGCCCAGACAACCUGCGGCAAAUCCUCACCGGUCUGGAGGCCCAGCAGGCAGGCGCUCUCACACUGGAGGACUUCAGGCUCGUGUUCGACAUUUUCAAGCACCCUGCCAAGCAGCGUAGCUCCACCCUCCAGGGUCACUUCCAACGUAGAAGCAAACACACCCGGAUGUACCAAGGCCCCGGGUCCCACCACGUCCUGCACUCACUAAGGAACAGGGUCACCCGCCUGGCGCGUUUGCCCUCGCCAUUGGUAGAAUUUAGCGAGCCGCUGCAGGUGAUUCGCUACGAGCAAGGGGGUUUUAGCAACGCCCACCACGACAGCAGCCCGGCCCACUCGGAGACCACCUGUGCACACACGCGGCUUGCUGGGAACACAUCCACUCUCACAGAGAUCAAAUGCAGGUACCUCACAGUCAUGGUGUACCUGAACUCUGUGGUGGAAGGAGGGGAGACCACCUUUCCAGUGGCGGAUAAUCGCACCUACGAGCAGGAGGCACUGGUCCAGGACGGGACGGACCUCACAGACACCAGGGCCACGUGUGAACGGGGGAACCUCCGCGUGAAGCCCACCGCUGGGACGGCUCUGCUGUGGUACAACCACCUCUCCGACGGACGAGGAUGGAUGGGUGAGGUAGACGAGUACUCCCUCCACGGGGGUUGCCCGGUCAUGCUCGGGGAGAAGUGGGUGGCCAACAGUUGGGUGAACGUGGACCCGGAUCACCAGCGGCAGGCCCGCUAUCAGCGGCUCGUGUCCAACGAACAGACAGCCAAGUCUGGCCGAGAGGAGAGCUACCAUCCUCUCUCCCACAGUGAGCUCCACCAGGACCUAUAGCCAGGGGGGUCUCUGAGGGUCCACCAGAACCUAUAGCCAGGCUGUCUCUGAGAGUCCACCAGGACCUAUAGCCAGGGGGUUCUCUGAGAGUCCACCAGGACCUAUAACCAGGCGGGCAAAGUCAGUCGCUGAAAUUGAACCGAGAGCAACAUCUUAUUCGGCUUUAUGAUCUUUCCACUUAAAAAUGAAUAGAACCCCAAGCAACCUCAUCCUGCAGCACAACGGUUCUGAAUAAUAAUGUUUCUGUGAUCACUCUGUAGAGAGAGUUUGUGAGUUUGUGUGGUUUUUUUAUUAUUUGUUUAUAGUCGGUGAGUCAAAAUAUGUAAUUACCCGACCAUCUUUGCCACGGUUUUCCAGGUAAUUAGGAUGCAGAGACAAUAGGGAAUAGGUAUUUAGCUUUACUUGAAUUUUAAUUCCAUUGCAAAGUUAUGAUUUUUAUCAGGCAGAAUAAAAGCCUACAUGAGCCAUAUCGUAUCACAAUUUAUGUAUGAAUUUCUUCCAAUGGGAACUGUUUGAGAUGUUGUAUCUGAGUAGUCCAAAUAUUACUUAUACUGUUUUAUCAAUGAACUUUUUCUAUACUAUACUAAGGCAAAACGUCUUGACCAAGACUACAUUUAAUUAAUUUAAUUUACAUCCUAACAUUUAGUCUGGAGUCAGCAAUUCGGUAUUAUGCAUAAUUGUGAUUUUUCGCAUUAAAAAUUGUAUUUAUUUGGUUAUCGGUUAUUUAUCUUUAUAUUUAUUUUAAUGUUAUUUAUUACAACUGUUUGAAUAUUUAUGAUUACAGAGUACAUGCUAUAUGUAUGACAUUCUGAUUCUGUUGCACUAAAUUGUAUGUUGCAUUGAACUGUUAUUUAUUUCAUACACUGCAUUUGUUUUAAAUUCAUCUAUAUAAUAUAUGCAUUAAAAAAUAUUUUAUUGGUUCGUUA